AGCCUCCUUGUCGUGGAUAAACUUCCAACAUCGCCGACAACGAGCGUCCUUGUCAUUGCCAAGAAAUAAACUGCCCACAUUUCUCGAACUAGGUGGGUCCAAACUUCACUGUUUCCUUCACUCUGCUCUCGACACAUGCAUUCUGCUCCGCUCACCCCACAAACUGGCUCCUACGCUAUUUCGAAACAACGCCGCACCUCCUUAGCCUCCAUGGAUCCCUCCCUGGGCCCGCACUGCCCAGCCCGCGAGGACUUUUGGACCGAGGAAGCCACUCAUACUCUCCUCGAUGCCUGGGGCGACCGCUACGUCCAACUCAAUCGCGGCAACCUCGGUCAGAAGCAGUGGCAGGAGGUCGCCGAUGCCGUCAACGCCAGUCACGCCCACUUUCCCAACUCCCUCCGCUCCGACGUCCAAUGCAAGAACCGCAUCGACACGCUCAAGAAGAAGUUCAAGAUCGAGAAGGCUAGGGUUUUCCAGUCAUGCGGCUCUUACGUCAGCUCCUGGCCCUUCUUCGCCCUCCUAGACGCUCUCAUCGGUUCCACCUUCCCCAAGUCUUCAUCUCCUGUCGCCAUAGGAAAUCGGAAAACCCCACAUACGGCUUCUCAGGCGUGGAAUCUCUCCUCGCCGGUGCCGGUUGGUCCCCGAACUCACAAACGCCCGCCACCAGCGGGCCACCCCCGGCGUAACUUUUUAGUUUUCUCGGCGGCGGAGGGCGAGGGUUCGGAGGACUUGAGGGGGAGCAUUGGGACUGAGAGCGAAGGAGGAAGAGUGAGGAAUGGUGGGUACAGAGAAUUGGCGCAGGCGAUAGAGAGGUUUGGGGAGAUAUAUGAAAGAGUGGAAUGGGUAAAGCAAAGGCAGAUGAUAGAGUUGGAGAAGCAGAAGAUGCAAUUCGCAAAGGAUUUAGAAUGCCACAGGAUGCAGCUCUUGUUGGAAACGCAGGUCCAGCUUCAGAAGAUGAAGCGCGCCAGGCGAUCCGGAUAAAGUGAGUGAAAUUUUGAUGAAGGAGCUCUAAAAGUGAAGAGUCCUUUGAGAUCCUCAUGUUGCUUACUUUUAGAACGGCGUCCAUGUGCAACAAAAGUUGGUUCGUGGAUUACAGUGCUGUGGUUUGAUUUGACCUACUACAAGGAAUUUUAGAGCGAUGCAUUUGAUAGUGUCAGUGGCCCUGGGUCAAGCAAAAUGGUGCAGGUUGUGACAGUGUAGUGUAUAUAUAUAUAUAAAAUAAAUCUUGUGCCGGCAUCAAUCUAUUUGAUGACUUUCAUAAUCUGUUUUCUCCAUCUUUCCUCUCUUGUUGUGCGAAUCCCUGUUUGCUGUCAGAUGCUUCUGAGGCAAUGCCCCUUUUAAGGUUUAAUAUGCAUACAUGUCAGGGUAGGGAGUCCAGCCAGACAUGACCCCAGCUGUCUGCAUCUUGUGCAGCAUGCUGUUUAUGAACCAGUAAAAUUUAAUUAGUUUUUCAGUGUAAUUGAUAUGUAUCUUAUGUCACCAUAUCCAAUAUCUGUGAGUAUCAUUGGACAUUAUGAACUUAUUUUUCUGGUUUUGUAAUUUCUAUUGACGUAUUGAGGUACCUGCA